GGCGUUGGGGAGUUCCUGCUUGGCCUGACUUUCGCAUAGUCUACCUCUAAUCAUCCAACCGCAUCUUGUUUGCCCGUCGGUCGCUCCCUUUGAAGCGCCUACAAUCCUCCAGAGGCUUCUGAAAAGUUUUGGGGGUUGCGGAGACUCACUACGUGGUAAACUCAACGUCUACCGUCUGUCGAAGCGUCGAUCAAACCUCUGAAAAUGUCGUCUACCGCCGUCGUGCAGGGCGACGAUCUCAUGGAGCCGUCGCUCCAGUCGAUUGUCAGCCAAGAUACCCUCCGCUGGAUCUUUGUCGGUGGUAAAGGAGGUGUGGGCAAGACGACAACAUCGUGUUCUCUCGCCAUUCAACUCGCCAAGGCGCGCAAGUCGGUUCUGCUUAUUUCUACCGAUCCUGCGCACAACCUGAGCGAUGCGUUCGGCCAGAAGUUUGGAAAAGAAGCCCGCCUGGUGGAUGGAUAUACAAACCUCAGUGCUAUGGAGAUUGAUCCCAAUGGCAGCAUUCAGGAUCUGCUGGCCAACGGCGAAGGACAAGGCGAUGAUCCUCUCGCUGGAUUGGGCGUUGGAAACAUGAUGCAGGAUCUGGCGUUCAGUAUUCCUGGUGUCGAUGAGGCUAUGUCCUUUGCGGAGGUCUUGAAGCAAGUCAAGUCCUUGUCGUAUGAGGUUAUUGUCUUUGAUACUGCUCCGACCGGUCACACGCUUCGCUUCCUCCAAUUCCCCACGGUGCUCGAGAAAGCUCUAGCAAAGCUCUCUCAGCUGUCUUCGCAGUUUGGACCGAUGUUGAACUCUAUCCUUGGAUCCCGCGGUGGCCUCCCGGGUGGUCAGAACAUCGACGAGCUCUUGCAGAAGAUGGAAUCUCUGCGGGAGACGAUUAGCGAAGUCAACACGCAGUUCAAGAACCCCGACCUCACUACUUUCGUGUGUGUCUGUAUUGCCGAAUUCCUGUCCCUCUACGAGACCGAACGUAUGAUCCAGGAAUUGACGAGCUACAACAUCGAUACGCACUCCAUCGUGGUUAACCAGCUCCUGUUCCCGAAGCAAGGAAGUGAUUGCGACCAGUGCAAUGCCCGGAGGAAGAUGCAGAAGAAAUACCUCGAGCAGAUCGAGGAGCUUUACGAGGAUUUCAACGUGGUCAGAAUGCCAUUGCUUGUGGAGGAAGUUCGAGGAAAGGAGAAAUUGGAGAAAUUCAGCGGCAUGCUUGUACAACCGUAUGUUCCCCCCGAGUAAGGCGAUGGUGGCUCUAUGGGAUAUUCUUUUCGUUGUAGGAUGGUCGGUGAAUGUUAUUGGGAUGAGUUAUGAAAACGAAAUAGACAAUAAUACACGGAGCAUUAUUGAGCCCUCCAUUUGAUUAUGUCGAUCCUGGGGAGCUUUGGUUAUCUUCUGUUCCCUUUUUUGGAUGGCCUCGGGAUUCGGGCACCCAAUUUACCUUUCCCUCCUUUCGUCCCGUCCUUCGCCCUGCUUCCACCUUCUUCAUCCUUUCCUUGUCUGAUGCAAUCCUCGUUAUCUUCGAUUUCAACCCCCCGCGCCUCACUCUCGCCUCCUCGAGGCUUUUGAC